GAAGGACGAUUGCACAUGUUCACGACUAGAAGAAACCUUUUACUUUCUAUAGAUUCAUUCAGUAACAUUGGAGUGUGCAGUAUGUUACAUUAUUAUGGUGACUGAUAAUAAUUAUUGUACUCAUGCACUGAUUCACAGGAACAGUUAGCAAGAUGAGUUAGUUAUUGUGCAUUGAAUGGGCUACCAGUUUAAAAAUAUACAACUUUUUCACCGAAAUAUUACCAAUAGAACAAAUGAAAGUAUUCUCAACUUCUCAUAAUGAAUAACUUGAUCGGAUUUGAGAAUGAUCGAUGGUACAAAAUCGUGAGUGUUGCAGAUAACACGGUGGUGCAAGUCGAAGGGACCAAAUUAAUUUGUGCCCCGGAGGAUGAGACUAAGCGAGACUAUCAAAGGUUCCAAGCAAUUGCUCAAGAUGACGGAAACUAUCGGCUAACCUCAAAGUUUCAAAAAAGCACAAAUUUUAUCCAAGUUUGGGACUUUCUUCCCCAUCGCUCUCUUCUCAUACAAAAAAAAAAAAGUGCAGCAGAAAUCUCGACGCAGAUAUGGAAAUGUGAAAAUGUGUUUGGAUUAAAUUGUAUAUUUUUCGUUAUUUCGGUGCCGACUCCAAAUAAGUGUUUGAAAAACAUGAAUUCUUCAGAGAAAGGAACUGGACAGCAAAUUAAAGUCGUGGAGAAGACGGAUGCCCAAAUGACCGGUGAUUCGUACACGCAUUGGCGACUCGAUCCAGAACCAUUAGCUUAAUGAUAAUAUUUAGUAUAAUUGGAAUUUCCCCAUAAUUUCAAAUAAUUCAUGUCAGUAUUUUUAAGCAUCUACAAAUAUGUAUUAUUUAAUUUAGCAACUGUUGGCACUAUUUACCUGUGAUAUAAAUAAGUUAAUAUGUAUAUAUACUUAUGUAGGCAUGCAGUCAAAAUACGCAUUAUUUUUUAUUUUCAAUUUUGUAAUCUUUAGUAUUCAAAUGUAAUACCGUCCUGACCAACUGCCUAUACAUGUAGUAACUGCAAUAAUCUGAUGGUGCAGAUAAUCAUUAAUCACAGAAAUAUGAUAAUAAUAAAUUCUCAGAAUAAUCAAACGCUAAA